ACCAAAAGAAAGACUAACAUUAGAUUUUUUUUCAUUAAUUGAAUUCACAUGAAAUCUUUUCACAGAGAGGAAGGAACCAUGCGAUUCUUCUCAUCUAUCUGCUGUUGCUUCUACCGUCCCUCUCGUAUAACUGGUGAUGAUGAAAGGGCGGCGAGUCGGCCUUUAACGCUUGACUUCAAUCAAACAGAGUGUCCCCAGGCUCCGAUUCUGGUUCCACACUUCCCUGUGAAGCCAAGUUUCUCUCGUCUGUGAUUUAUGAGAUUACAGCUUCCUCGAGAAAGGUGAUGGGUUGCCCUUCUUCUCUUCUGUAGAAUAAGUUAUAAUAGAUGCUGGAUUUUACACUUUCUCUGUCUCUUUAUGUGUACUUAUGGUGUUGCUGCUGUAACAUGUUUGGAUGUAAAGAAGAAAAGGAAUAAUUUUGUUUUCGAAAUUGAACCAUGUAAUUCUAAUUUGCAUAAUAGAAGAAUGCUUCAAGA